CUUGAAAGAGGAUACUAUUGUAUUUGCGCUAUAUAGUAUUUUACUUUGGCCUGGUUUUAUUUCCCAGCGUCUACUGCUGUAAAUUGGAGAUUAUCGUUGCUCUUAUCACCGACUAGAAGCUUCUCCGCUGCCCUCCGCACUCCGCAGUCGUCAUUAUAAAGCAAACUUCUUCUACUCGUCCAACAAAAACCUGAGAACAAAUCUAUACGGAAUUCACCAUGGCGGAAACUCACUCAAAUGCUACUGCGGCGCAGUCCAGACCGACAAUGUCCAUGUUCGCCCCCCAUCAGGCCUCCACAGCCAGCUCUUCUACAACCCCCAAAGAGGAUGACUCCUCCAAGGCCAACUUACCCAAGGGCGUUGUGCUCGACAAGGAUGGGAAACCAUGCCGCCUCUGCACCUCCGCCGCAUCAUGGCGCACCAUGACGAAACAAGCAUCCCAAUCCCAAUCCCAAUCUCAACCCCAAGAGACACAACCCAAACCCUCAACCGCCAUCCCCAAAUCCAUCGCCACCGCAGCCAGCACCGUCCCAACCACCACCUCAACCCCCCGAAGCGACUGCCCCCCAGACGUCGACGCCCUCGGCCGCUCAACCUGGACCUUCCUCCACUCCCUCGCAGCCUCAUACCCCGAAAAGGCCUCAGCGGAACAACAAACUGAAAUGAGCUCAUUCAUGAAGAUCUUCUCGCGCAUCUACCCGUGCUGGGUAUGUGCGGACGAUUUCCAGAAGUGGAUGGCGGAGCCUAGUGGUCGCAACAAGCCCCGGUUGAGUGGGAGGUCGGAUUUUGGGAAUUGGCUGUGUGAUGCGCAUAAUGAGGUUAAUCGGAAGUUGGGGAAGAAGGAGUUUGAUUGUCGGCUUUGGGAACAGAGGUGGAGGACGGGGUGGAAGGAUGGAAGCUGUGAUUAAGUGGGCUGAUUGGAGUAGAUUGGUUUUUUUCCCUUAUAGAGAUGGUGUAACAUAAAAUAGGGCAUUGGGUUUGUACUAUUACUAUCAUGGUUUUGUUUAGAGACAUUGAGCUUGGGAAGUUGGUUUUUGUGCAGUUCGAUAACUGCGUGGAAUUGGACUCACUGUAUAUAUAUAUCAUCAUCUCUUCUCAUGACAUCACAAGACCAAAUCUCUUCUCAAUUUUAAUAACCGAUGAUUUCAAU